AUGUCUAAAGUGGACGACCUAAACUGGCUUCGUGAAUCUCGCAAGACGAGACAGCGAGCCAGCUCUAGUCAUGUUGGUCCUAUACACAAGGCGGCCGCUCUCAAGCAUAAACAACUAGUGGCUAUGCGUGAGAGACGGCACCGAUUGACCAGCGCGUAUACUGCGCGGUGGUACGGUGGUAAUUGGAGCACGGCCAAGGGCUUAAGAAGAGUUACUGGUCGGCUGGGGAGGCUACAAAAGCAGGCAGAAGUCAGAACAGAGGAGGAGCAAGAUUUUGCUCGCCUCCUGAGUGCAAGCAUCUGCGUGACAGACGACCAUACCAAGAUGGAUCUGAUGAUAUGGGACCAAAAUUCGCUUGCAACGGCUGUAUUUUCACAGCCGGGAAAGCAUGAGGCCAAUGGCCAUGGUAAUGGCAAUGGCAGACUAGGCGCACGCUCGGACACUUUGAAGGCUUCUGGUUCCGAAAAAGAUUCAGAGCCUGAGCUUGUCCGAGGCGUGUCUGAGCAGCUGAAGGUCAGGUCGGCAAGUCCUGGAGAUGAGGUCAUGCCCUUUUGCUGCGAUAGUCUAUAUGACUAUGAGGAGUAUGCUGAAGAUGGCAAGGUGCUCUGGAGGACUACCGCGACCUGGGACCACAUCUAUGAUGAAGCGGCCUUUGCGAGAAAGGAUGCCAUGUGUGAGGGUGAAGUUGACGAGUCCAACGCGGACGACUGGGGAGCUAGUGUCGGCUUUGCCCCCUAUGAACAUGGUCUGUUGCGCCAUCCAAAGUACACAAUGAAUGACAAAAAAGACCUGGGGAGACAAUUCCUGUGCAUGUUCAAAGGCGACGAGAGGCUGUACGACUGCAGCCAAACGGUGACGAUGCUGGCUCGCGCGGCGCAAGUAUCCCCUCUUGGCUCGACGAUUAUCGAAAUCACGGAAUACAGCCUCUACACAGGAGGAGGGGUGGCAGUGGCACCUCCAAAAUCCUUCACAUUCCCUUCCGAGGUGGUUGUGCCGCAUCUAGAGUUAGGCGAACCGGGCUGGGUAGUCAUCAACGGUGUCAAGAUCAAGAACACCAAACGACACCGCGCGGAAGCAGUGUCUAUUGCACAGCCACGGACGAUACCGCAUUUCCUAAGGGCUGGGGACGUCAGCCCCUGUUACUAUAACAUGUGUAUUGUGGCAAGUCGGCUGCGAUAUGAUUGCUUUGACAUGAUGAUGGGCAGUUACGCCUUCACCAUGGCCGACUAUGCGGACAAGUACGGAGCGGACAAGGCAGCAGCAACACACGGCUGGGCUGAUUCCGUCAUCAACAGCUUCAUAAAUCCCCGAGGCGUCCACUACAACAUCGAGUCGUCAAUGUGCUCAGCCGAAGUCAUCGUACAACGGCUAAUCGAAAAUUAUGAGGAAGGUCCGCUGCCGUCGCCGGCAGAGCUCUUUGACGCGCGGUGGAUCGACGGCGCACUCCCACAAUUCAUUGACGUCGCUUUACGGUGCCAGAUGGGCGGAGGGACGUACAAAGGCUGGUAUGACAGUACCUGCGUGUAUGUGCGCCAAGCUCUGGAGAGCGUGGCUACGUUGCACGAGUUUUGGGAUCUGAUAGAGGACACAGCCGCAGGCGAGGGCGGCAACAUGUGCCGGCUGUACACCAAAGAAGGAAUUUGCCACAUGGCCGACUGGUGUCACGACAUUGGCAGACGGCUGGCCGAGUGUGAGUGCGGUGAUCGCAUGCACGGGUUUGGGUACAUCUGGUUCCUGGUCAGCGAACUGUACUACAUCACCAUUGCGCGAUGGGGACUCCUGACUGCAUGCGGCGACGGACACGAACCCCUUAGCUACCACAGCAGAGAGUCAUGGAUAGCUGACGGAACGCAAUACUGGACGACGGAUAUUGCAAAGGCAAAAGAAGCCAGAACGAGGCUGGUAGAAACCAUGAUUGGACGCACCAGUCGCGAUCUCAGUGCGCUGGCCGUGGCGGACGACGUUCAUCCCGAGAUGCAGAAGCUCAUUGGUAUGUGGGGGCAAAUUUCCAACAGGACGUUUGCCGACAGCAUCAAGAUGCACUACCACAUGUGCAACGCCGUGGCAGCUUGCUCGCCAAUGGGCGUACGCAGUGCCGAUGUUGACUGGAGGACGUGGGUUGAGGUUUACAAUGCGCUGAGUUACGAGGUGUCUUUCAACCCUGACAGUCCAUACCGAUGCGUGACAUCGCGAUACGCAGAGAUACUUGGUGUCCAGUUUUCCAGCAGCGGUCGUAUACACCACGCCAUCAACAGGGAGAUAACGGAAGAGUAUGCGUGCUCACAGAGAAACAGUGGCGGCACGGCUGCGUAUGACGACUAG